AUGUUGUCCAAAACCGUCUGCCUCGUCGGCUUGUCCGCUGUAUCUGCUGUUAACGCUGUUCAGUACGGAUAUAACCAUGUUCCUGUUCGGCCUGAUUCGGACUUGGUGGCUGCUAACUUUGAGGAUGUUGACAUUGAGCUCUUGUCGCCUGCUUUCCUGACCCCGGAUAACAGACAGGCCGGUUUUAGCAAUGGCACCCAAGGGCCUACUUCUCAUGAGGAUAUGGAGGCAUACAUGGAGGAAAUCGCUUCCAAGAACGAUUACAUGACCUACCACACAGCAAACUUCACCUCAGAGGAAGCCCGCUCAUUCCCCUACGUCAGACUCUCACAAGCCAAGACUCGCGCAAGAUCAAACAAAGUCCGAAUCUUCGUCCAAGGCGCCGUCCACGGCAACGAACCAGCAGGCGAUGAGUCCCUCAUGGCCCUCCUCGGCAAAUUCGACAAACAUCCCGACUGGGCAUCCAAGGUUCUCAAAGACGCUGACAUUGUUCUCAUGCCACGCUACAACCCCGACGGCGUGUACUACUUCCAGCGCACGUUGGCGACUAACUACGAUCCCAACCGUGAUCACAUUAAACUUGCCCGUCAGCAGACUCGUGAGAUUAAGAAGUUUUUCACGGAGUUUUCGCCGCAUGUUGCUAUUGACAUGCAUGAGUAUGGCUCGUCUUCCAGAUAUGGAAAUUAUGUACAGGCUUCGGAUGGACUUUUUUCUGCGGCCAAGAAUUUGAAUAUCAAUGAGGAUAUUCGGAAGCUUUCGGAGGAGUUGUUUGCUAAGAAUAUUGGUGAUGAUUUGGAGAAGGCUGGUUUGAGGUGGGAGCCUUAUGUUACUGGCCGAACCAACUCUACGCCUGGUUAUGUCCCUCUAUUCAACGAGGCUGGAUCAGACGCCAAGAUCGGCCGCAAUGCCAUGGGUCUGACUCAAUGCAUUACUUUCCUCUGCGAAACGCGAGGCAUUGGUCUGGCUGACCAGGAAUUUCAACGCCGAACCGCCUCUGCCUUGACUAUGGCCAGCUCCAUCAUCGAGUCAGCUGCCUUCAACGCUGAGAAGGUCUUCAAGACAAUCGAGGGCGGUAUCAGUGACUUUAUCGAUUCCAAGGAAGAUAUUAUCAUCACCGAUUACACUGAAGUCAGCGAGCGUCUUUUCAUAAUGGUUGACGCAACCAACGGCUCUAUUGUCGAAGUCCCCAUCCAAUUCGCUUCCACAACACCCGUCACCGCCAACUUGACCCGAUCUCGUCCUGAAUCCUACCUCAUCCCCGUCGCUUGGUCCGGCCUUGCUGAGCGUCUCCGAGUUUCCGGUCUCGAAGUCGAGAAGCUGAAUAAGCCCUGGAGCGGCACCGUUGAAGCUCUGAACGUUACUUCUGCUGAGCUCAGCAACUCGUACUACGAGGGAGUUGUUCUUGCUACUAUUACUACAGAGGUCAAGGAGAAGGAGGUCAAGGUUCCUGCUGGAAGUUUCCUUGUUAGCACGCGUCAGAAGAAUGCUGGUUUGGCGUUUGUUGCGCUUGAGCCUGAGAACAUUGAUUCUUAUGCUAGCGCUAAUAUUAUUCCUUUGGAGGUUGGGGAUGAGUAUCCUGUUUAUAGAGUUCUCGAAUAA